CGGAUCCGGGCGGGUGGCGUCCCGGGCCGGUGGCUGGUGGCGGCGGCUGCAGCGGCAGCGGAGGAGCGGGCUCUGGGCCGGGCCAUGCCGGGCGCACGCGGGGAGUACCUGGCGCCCUGGUGGGUGGUGUGGCUGCACCGGGCCCCGCACCUCAGCCUGCGCCUGCAGUGGGUGAACAGCACCUUCCGCCCCCGCGAUGAGGAGUACCAGGAGUCGCUGCUGUUCCUGGGGCUGGUGGCCGCCGCCUGCCUGGGCCUGAACCUCCUCUUCCUCGCGGCUUACCUGGUGUGCGCCUGCUGCUGCCGCCAGGCCAAGCCGCGCCCGUCCUGCUGCGUCACCUGGUCGGCCGUGGUGGCCGGGCUCGUCUGCUGUGCCGCGGUGGGCGUUGGUUUCUAUGGAAACAGCGAGACCAACGAUGGGGUGUACCAGCUGAUCUACUCCUUGGAAAACGCGAACCACACCUUCUCCGGGAUCGAUGCGCUGACUCCCACCCCGGCCUCUCCCCAGGUGUCCGGAACCACCCAGACGAUGGAGGUGGACCUGGCGCGGCACCUGGCCCGGCUCGGCGAGAUCUUCGCCGCCCGGAGCGACUACCCCCAGGCCCUGAAGCUGGUGCAGCAGAGGGCGGCCGGCCUCGUCGACCAGCUGGCGGGGGUGCCCGUGUGGACGGAGGUCAGCGCCCAGCUGACCCGGCUGGCCGACCAGACCGGCUACGUGGAGUACUACCGGUGGCUUUCCUACCUCCUGCUCUUCAUCCUGGACUUGGCCGUCUGCCUCUUCGCCUGCGUGGGCCUGGCCAAGCGCUCCAGGUGCCUCCUGGCCUUGCUGCUGUGCUGUGGGCUGCUGGCCGUGGUCCUCAGCUGGACGUCCCUGGCUGCCGACGCCGUCGCAGCCGUGGGCACCAGUGACUUCUGCGCGGCUCCCGACAGCUUCAUCCUGAACAUCACGGAGGGCCAGCCUAGCACAGAGGUGACCCGUUACUACCUGUACUGCAAUCAGAGCGUCAGCAGCCCCUUCCAGCAGGCGCUGACCGUCUUCCAGCGCUCGCUGACCGCCAUGCAGUUCCAGGUGGCGGGCCUGCUGCGCUUCGCCGUGCCCGUGUUCCCCACGGCGAAGGAGGAUCUGCUCAGCAUCCAGCUCCUGCUAAACUCCUCCGAGUCCAGCCUCCACCAGCUGACAGCCUUGUUGGACUGCCGAGGGCUGCACAAGGACUACCUGGACGCCCUGGCCGGCGUCUGCUACGACGGCAUCGAGGGCCUGCUCUUCCUGGGCCUCUUCUCCCUCCUGGCCGCCCUGGCCUUCUCCACCAUGGUCCGCGCGGGGCCGCGGGCCUGGAAGCGCUCUCCCGCCAGGGACAGAGACUACAACGACAUCGACGACGACGACCCCUUCAACCCCCAGGCCCGGCGCAUCGCGGGCUACCUCCCGGCGCGGGGCCGGCUGCCCAGCUUCUGCAGCUACAGCGGCAGCCUGGACAGCCAGCCCGGCCCACCGCCGGCCCAGGCGCUCUCCAACGCGCCGGUCUCCGAGUACAUGAACCAGGCUGCGCUGUUCGGCGGGAACCCGCGCUACGAGAACACACCGCUCAUCGGGAGAGGCUCGCCGCCGCCCACGUACUCUCCCAGCAUGCGGGCCACCUACCUGUCCGUCGGGGACCAGCACCUGCGGCACUACGGGAAUGAGUUUCCAGCCUAGCUCCCAGAGGCGCCUGCCGCCUCCGACCGGCGCCGUUUGGGAUUGGUUCGCCUGGAAGCUGCGUGUCAUUCAUAGAAGCCAAAGGCCUCUGGGGACCACCUGCGGGAUGGCAGGGCCGGACGGCGCCCGGGCCUGGCUGGGACCCUGACCAAAACCGCAGGCAGACAGACGGAGGGCCCGCCACCUGGACCGGCCUCUCCCUCCUCUCCUGUCCCCCAGCUGCUGGCUGCCCCUACCCGGGAGCCUGGAUCCCGCCCUCGCCGGGUGGGGAAUGACAAUGACAGCGAGGAAGGCCCGGCUCAGGCCCGAGGGUCCCACUGCCAGCCCUGUGCCUCCUGCGUGCAUUUUCCUGCAGGCAAACCUGGAAGCGCUGAUCGGGAGAUGCUUGCGGGAAGGCGAUGUCCCCGAUGAGACCGUCUCCCAGGGCCUGGGGGCCUCUUCCUGGGCCUCAGAGAAGGUGCUGGAGCCCUGCCUAGGAGGGCUGCUGCCGCUCGCUCGGGCCUGGCAGCUCUGCAGUGACAGCGGGUGGGAAUGGGGUGACAGCCCGCUCCGUCCCCGGCCUUUCCGCAGUCAUUGGUCGCAUCACCUCCCUUCCAGCGCCAUGCUGGAAGUGAUGCUGGGAGUGCGUUCACGCCGACAGGAAAUCGCGGACACUUUGAAAGAGACUAACUCUCCUUUCCCCAGCGUUUUAAAUACGUGGAUUCGCCAAAGAAUUGAGCCUCAGGGCGCAGAUUUCACAGUCCAUCCGGCUCCGUCCUCACCCCUGGUUUGGAUCCCGUUCCUUUUCGGGUCUUGCUGACACUGCCAGGACCUAGGGGAGGAGGGAGGGGGGAUUUUUAAACAAAAUAAAGAUCAGUGAGACCUCCUGCCCUAAGCUGCUGUGUGAUGGCCCUUUAAGGGGGAAGGAAGGACAAACAGCAUGAAUGGCGUCCACCCAGGGGAACGGCCGGCAUGGGCCAGUGUUCUCCCUUUUGUCUUCAGGCGAGUUUGUCUGGAAAGGUUUUAGCAAAGCUGGACAACUGUCGUCUUCCUUGCCACCCCCACCACCCUAUCCGCACCCCACCCCCUUGUCCCAGGCCCUGUGCUCCCCGCUGGUGAGAAGGCACUAAACCAGGAGAAAACACCCACGGUUCUGCCUGCGGAGGAGCCAGGGUUAGGGUCUUGGGUGCCGCCGACAUCCUGCCAACUCUCAGUGCCCAGUGCUCCCACGGCCUCCCACGCCAAAGCAGGGACAUGGGUGCCGGGCUUGGGGCGAGGCUCCAGUUGCGUUUUGGAAGAGCCACCUUCUCGUCAAACACGGACAGCAGAGCGGUUCUCAAGCCCCCAGGACAGAUGGGGCCACGGGGCAGCCAGGACUC